ACAAUCCAGAACCAGGGGUAAAAUCGUAAUUACACCAAACGACUUUGAGUCAACUCUCACUCCUAUGUUCUCUCAUCUUCUUUGUUAUAAACUCAACCUACAAUGUCAAUAAGCAAGUGCUAUAGAGAUAGAUUCUGAUAAAAAAUGAGAUUAACCCAAAACAAGCUCAAGCCUUUCCACCUCUUCCUCUUCUCUCUUCUCACUCUAACUCCCUUGGCUUUCUCUGAGAUCUUCUUUGAAGAGCAUUUCGAAGGUGGAUGGAAGAGCAGGUGGGUCUUAUCUGAUUGGAAGAGAAACGAAGGCAAAGCUGGUACCUUUAAGCACACCGCCGGCAAAUGGCCCGGCGAUCCCGACAAUAAAGGUAUCCAGACGUAUAAUGAUGCCAAGCAUUAUGCCAUUUCUGCAAAGAUUCAAGAGUUCAGCAACAAGAACCGGACUCUUGUUGUUCAGUACUCUGUCAAAAUCGAACAGGACAUAGAGUGUGGUGGCGCUUACAUCAAGCUCCUCUCUGGCUACGUUAACCAGAAGCAGUUUGGUGGUGAUACUCCUUACAGUCUUAUGUUUGGACCAGACAUAUGUGGAACGCAGACGAAGAAGCUUCAUGUGAUUCUUUCAUACCAGGGACAGAACUAUCCGAUUAAAAAGGAUUUGCAGUGUGAAACAGACAAGCUAAACCAUUUCUACACGUUUAUCUUGCGGCCUGAUGCUUCUUACAGCGUUCUGGUUGAUAACAAAGAGAGGGAGUUUGGAAGUAUGUACACAGACUGGGACAUCCUUCCUCCAAGGAAGAUUAAAGUUAAAAAUGCAAAGAAGCCAGUGGAUUGGGAUGACAGGGAAUAUAUAGAUGACCCUGAUGAUGUCAAACCUGAGGGUUAUGAUUCGAUUCCUCGAGAAAUUAGAGAUCAGAAAGCUGAAGAGCCUGAGGACUGGGACGAGGAAGAGAAUGGUCCCUGGGAAGCCCCAAAGAUCCCAAAUCCAGCGUACAAAGGUCCUUGGAAAGCAAAGAAAAUCAAGAACCCGAACUACAAGGGAAAAUGGAAGAACCCAUGGAUAGAUAAUCCAGAGUUUGAAGAUGAUCCAGAUCUUUAUGUUCUGAAGCCUAUAAAAUACAUAGGCAUUGAAGUAUGGCAGGUGAAGGCUGGUUCGAUAUUUGACAAUAUCUUGAUCACUGAUGACCCUCAAUAUGCAAGAGCCAUGGUAGAUGACUAUUUUGAACAGCACAGGGAGUCUGAGAAGGAGUUAUUUGCGGAAGCUGAGAAAGAAAGAAAAGCAAGAGAAGAAGAGGAAUCUCGGAAGGCAAGAGAAGAAGGGGAACGUAGAAGGAAGGAGAGGGACCACCGGUAUGGAGACAGGAGGCGGCGUUACAAACGGCCUAAUCCACGUGAUUACAUGGAUGAUUACCAUGACGAGCUGUGAGGCACAGUGGUGGGCAUUUCUGGCAUUGACAAACCAAUGAAAACAAGUGUUGAUGGGAGUAAGAGAUGUGUAGAGAAGGAACAUUUGGAAACUGUUUGGUUGUCUUGUGUGAUUGUAAUUUGUAACCUUUCUUGGGGGUUAAAAUGUAACCCUUAGUAUUCAUAUUCAUGUUAAAUGUAUAUUGGCAUGAAAACUGUUACCUGUUUUUUUGGAUACUCACAAACCUAAGUGUACGUGUCGCCUCUAUGCUUGAACCUUCUUUCAGAUCA